UAUGCAUCCGCGUCGAACAGCGCUACAUAUGUACCUCGGUGUGCGCGGCAAUCUGACUAACCGUAAACCUAGGUUAAUGACUGCUCUAAAGCUGCUGUGUGCGUUAUUGUUGACGUCUAUUUUAUGUUUCGGUCUUAUUCUCAGUGAAGCGAAUGGACCUAAAGUUACUGACAAAGUGUUCUUCGAUAUUGAAGUCGAUGGAAAACCACUAGGUCGAAUAAUUAUUGGAUUGUUUGGUAAAACAGUGCCUAAGACAGUAGAAAACUUCAAGCAAAUUUCAAUUGGCACCCAACUGAAGGAUGGUCGAACUGCUUCUUAUAAAGGAAGCGGUUUUCAUCGUGUCAUUAAGUCAUUCAUGAUACAAGGUGGAGACUUCACAAAUCACGAUGGAACUGGCGGUUUUAGUAUAUAUGGUGAUAGGUUCCCUGAUGAAAACUUCAAAUUGAAACAUGUAGGCGCAGGGUGGCUAUCAAUGGCUAAUGCUGGUCCUGAUUCAAAUGGAAGUCAAUUCUUUAUUACGACCGUAAAGACACCAUGGUUAGAUGGAAAACAUGUCGUUUUCGGAAAGGUUGUAGAAGGAAUGAGUAUUGUUAGAAAGAUUGAAAGUGAAACGACGGAUUCAAGAGACAGGCCUGUUAAGAGCAUCAAAAUAGCAAAUUGUGGACACAUUCCUGUGGAAACGCUGUUUUCGGUAACCAACGCUGAUGCUGUCGAAUAAACUAGUGUGAAGAGUGUCUUCCACUUUCUUGUAUUUAUGUACAUUCGUAAAUAUAAUUUAGUCAAGUGGA